AGAGCGGCAAAACAGAGACAGCAAGAGGAGGCCGCUACCAAGUAAUCAUUUGCGCCUCGUCGUGUUCGGACGUUCAGAGAAAAGCUGCUCGUUUCUCUCCUUUUCGCCUUAGCGAUUUAGACGCGCGCGCGCCAAUAAAUUUUCAGAAAUUGAAAUUGAUUUCCAUUAAUUCGGAUUGGAAAAAAGCCGAACGAGUGUCAAAAACCGUUUCAUUUGUUGAGCGCGAAAGUUUGCCUGUGUGUGAGUGAGUUGCCUGGCGGAUGUGAGAGUGCGUGCAAAAAUGCAACAAUAAAUAUUAAACACAAAAAUAAUAAUAAUAGUAAAAUAGCUGAAGAGGAAAACAUCAACAAUGCCAAUUUAAACGAGAGCUAAGCGCUUAGACCAAACAAACCCAAAAGGAAAUAGCGCCCAUUUGGCGAACAAAAAAAAAUAGGCAUAGCGCGUAAAUUAAAGAAAAAUAUUGCAAAUUCCUGAUCCGGGCGAUAAAUAUGCAAAAUACAACAGCAACAAACAUGCAGCAAACGGCGGAUCUCGAGUUUGAUUUCCAGAUGCCGUGUCGCUAUUUCAAAAGUUCUUUUGCGCGUUCGCUUUCGCUGAACAACAACAACAACAACAAUGGGAAUGGGAACAGCAGCUCCUUGACAUUGCCCAAGAAACCGCAGACAAACGAGGCCAAACAACAACAACACAAUGAUGGACAGAACCAGGAGACAACACAAGAGGGGGGCUGCGAAUUGGAGUCUCCCUGCGCGACGCCGCCACCAGCUCUGCCGGCGCGACGUCACACGGCCAACAUGAUACACUUUGGAGCAGCAGCAGCAUCUAAUCAGUUGCUGCCACAUUCUCCACACACCCCACAGCAGCUCCAACAACAACAACCACCGCAGCAGCAAUCUGGCAGGAAUCUCAACCUCGUCUGGCCGUUGCAGCAGCCGCAUCAGCCGCAGCAGGAUUCCAGCCACAUCUUGGCCGCACCCAGCCACAGCCACCACAUCUAUGACUUGCCACAGCAAUUGCAGCAGCAACAACAUCUGCAGCACCAGCAUCAGCAGCACCAACAGCCACAACAGCACCAACUAAAUGUCGAGGCUGUCAUAUUGCAGAAUCAGGUGGAUACAUUGCAUUGGCAAUUGAAGCAGACGGAAACCAAUUGCGAGAUGUACCGUGCCGUAAUGGAGGAAGUAGCCCGGUUCUUCGAACGCUACCAGCAGCAACAGCAACUCCAGGCCACCCACCGCAACGGCGAGCAAAUCUCCCGCUCCAAGAGCCUCCACCAUGUCCACGGCGUGGGAAACAGCUCGCUGCAAAGCGAUUCCCGAGACGAUGAUGCCGCGAGUGCCGGAUCCGCCUCGUAUCUUCGAGCCCGGAGCAGCACUAAUCUGAUGUUGAAUAAAUCAAUGCAUGCCAUGAACGAAGAGCAUAAUUAUGAGACUAUAGCGCCGGCUGGGAGCUAUAAUGCAUUUAAGGAUUUCACAUGGCGCCGCUCACCCAAGAAAUCCGGAGGCAGCGGAGGCUGCAAGGCGCGACUCUCCACCCCAGAGGCUGCCGAGGAGAAGCUCAACCAGGAGGCCUUCCGCCUGGCUCGCACCAUCCGGAAUCUGCUGCACACCUCGCAACAGCAGCCGGAUCUGACCCAGCCCCGGCACUCCAUUGCCUCACUGCCGGGUGGCAACCACCGACUGUGCAAGGGCAAGACCAGUUCGGUGAUGACCCUGUGCACCCCACCACUGCACAACUCCACCAGCAUCAUGAACGCCACCCUGGAGGCCUCCUCGCCGGCCGCGAAAUCGAACGCAGAGCUCAUCUUCCUGCGAGCCAACAACAUGCGGGACUCGAGGCUCUCGCUGCGCAGCUCCACCGACAGCUCCGUGCAUUCCACCAUCUCCUCGACGGCCUCCUCCUCCUCCAAGGUGGAGACCGACGAGGAGACCCACAGCAGCAGCACCAGCAGCGGCAACAGCAACAGCAACACCACCACCACCGCCAACAACAUAGCCAUUAGCAGCAAAAAACCCACCAGCAGCAGCAAGCAGAGCGGCUCCAGCACCGAGGACGAGAGUGGCUUCAGUUCCAUCAGCUCCUUCCACGACGUGGGCCUGCCCCUGAGCUCCACCCUGAUGAACGGCAGCCAGCGGCGUCUCUCCAUGUCGCCGGACAGUCGCAACUCCACGCUGAAGUCGGCCCUCAACGGAGUGGGGCUGCCCACCACCCUCCAAUCCCAGACCCAGAGUCAGGUUCAGGCUCAGAUUUCCCCCAGCCAGUCGCCCUCGAAGACGUACCGGAACGCAAAUCGCUACCAGCGCUUCUCCACCUUGUCCAACGAAGACGCAGCCGCCGUAUUGUGGGUCUAGGCUCUAGAGAUAUUAAGAAUAUAUAUAGGAUCUGUUUUGGAGGAAUCCUUGCUCAAUCUUUGCAUUGGAAGUUUAGUUUUGAAACGGACCUGCCCUGCCUUUAUUUUAGUUUCUCGUAAGCUGCCCCCGAAUAGCAUUUUAGUUUGUUUUUCUCUAGUGCCUCCGCUUAGAAUUUAGUUAAUAACUCUUUUGAACUUGUAUGUUAUCGAUUAGUGUUUUUAAGUACCAACCACGCAUUUCUAUGUUAACAAUAUGUACAUUUAAAGGACCUAAGUUACCAGUAUUUAUGAAUAAAAAUUAAUUUAUGAUGACA